AGCUGUGUUACUGAUAGUAACAGUCCUGUAUUUGUCACUCACACAGCACCAGACUGAGAUUUCUCUCCCUUCCUUUUGAGGUAAAGAUGAACGCUUUAAUGGACUCCAUGUCAGGUUUUGGGGUGAGCACCACCCACUACCUGCAAACAAACUUUAAGGAUGCCCAGGGUUUGUUUCUCUGGGUCUCCUGGGCGGCAGACCUCAGGAACACCUUCUUCAUCUUCUUCCCUCUUUGGUUCCACCUGCGGUCUCCAGUGGCCAUCAAGCUCAUAUGGGUGGCUGUGAUCGGAGACUGGCUCAAUUUGGUGUUCAAAUGGAUUCUGUUCGGUGAAAGGCCUUACUGGUGGGUCCAUGAAGCGGAUUAUUAUGCAAACACAGUUCGUCCUCACAUUGAGCAAUACCCCAUGACCUGUGAGACCGGGCCAGGAAGCCCCUCUGGCCACUCUAUGGGAGCUGCAGGAGUCUACUACACCCUCGUGACCUCCAUCCUCGCCAUAAUGACCACCAAGAAGAAAUUUGGAAUCAAGAAAUCCAGCAACAAAGAUUGGUAUCUGAAGGUUGUUUUGUGGACACUGUUUUGGGGAGUGCAGGUGUGUGUCUGUCUCUCAAGGGUCUUCAUCGCCGCCCACUUCCCACACCAGGUCGUAGCUGGUGUUAUAACAGGUAUAAUCGUGGCAGAAGCCUUCAACAGAACUCAGUUGAUCUACAGCGCCAGCAUGAAGAAAUACUUCUACACGACUCUCUUCCUGACUUGCUUCGCUGUUGGCUUCUACCUGCUACUUAAAGCUAUGGGUGUGGACCUGCUCUGGACCCUGGAGAAGGCUCAGAAGUGGUGUGUGAAGCCAGAGUGGGUUCACAUGGACUCCACGCCCUUCGCCAGCCUCCUGCGUAACAUGGGCACGCUGUUCGGCCUGGGUCUGGGCCUGCACUCACCCCUCUACACCGAGACCAAGAAGAGCAGCAGCUCGGCGGUCAAAGCGCUGAGCGUCAUCAGCACUCUGCUCCUGCUGCACCUGUUCGACUCCUUCAAGCCUCCCACGCACACCGCAGCUCUGUUCUACCUGCUGUCCUUCUGCAAGAGUGCCACCGUGCCUCUGGUCACUGUCAGCAUCAUCCCGUACUGUGUGAAAGGAGCUCUGAGCCUGCAGAACAAAAAGGGAGUUUGAGAAAAUAACUCAGAUUGGACACACUUACUUGUGAAGGAGUCUCUUCCGGAUCAAGAAAGAAUACAUUCCUCUGGUGCUUUUGUCCAACUGUUCCUCAGGGAAGAGCUAAUAAGAUCAAUGUGAAUUGGUCACUUGUGUGAUUUGGACACUCUUUGUGACAUUAUGUGAAGCACUUUCCAGGAUGCUGAGUGGCACCAAUUAUGAGUUUAGCAAAAUAUGAUAAUUCAAUUAGUUGAGUCCUGGAAAAAACAGAACAAUGAACACACACGCUGCACUUGUUGUGUUUAACCUCAUCUUAAAGACAAUGGCCACCGCUCACAUCAUGGUAUUUCAACUGUAUUAGUAAUGUAUUUGAAAUGUUAUAGAAAGUAUUUUUGAAACUGUUUUAAAUAUUUUUAAUAAAAAAUAUAUAAAAAAUGUA